CACCUAGCGUUCAGUUUUACGUGCAUUGCGCAUGCGCGCGACCGUCUCAAACGCUUCAAAGUUGACGUGAAAAAUUCUGUGUUUAUAUGGCAGUGAACCGCCUAAAUUGUGGUGUACCUAUUGGAAGACUAAUCAGUAGGCAGACGGGGUCUCUCCAAAAUGGCUCGACCAUCAGAAGAAUUUAUGACUGCAUCAAAAGUCAGUUAUGCACAAUUGCCGUUUCUCUCUCCCUCUUCAACUUUGUCCGGUUGCCCCGGGAGGCUUUCAAGUACGGAGACAUAGAGUACCUGGCUGUCUACUCAUUCUGGCUGAUCAUUGUUGCCCUCCCAAGCUGUCUGCUGCAGCUCUCGGUGGGACAACUGAGCCAACAAGAUGCAGUCGGAGUUUGGAGAGCUGUUCCUAUAUUUAGAGGUGUUGGUCACUUAAAGGUGCUCACCUCAUAUCUGUGCUGUGUGUACUGUAUGGUAUACGUCGCGCUGUCUGCUGCUUAUAUGAUAUGGAUUGGAAAGGGCACGUUCCCACUGAGAGACUGCACAAAAUUACAAAUAACACCAGAUGGCUACGAGAAUAAAAUGAAUGCGUCUGAGUGUUUCAACUCAACGUUUUUAGCCCCGUUCACGGAGCAGCCGCAGUAUCUCGGAGUGAUGGCUGUAUUAGUAUUCUUAUUAUGGUUCUUCGUACCUAUCAUGUUGCUAACGCUACACAAGUCACUGAGAGCAUCGUUGAUGAUAUUCACUCCGAUUAUCAUCACUAUGUCUAUAGCAAUAGGGGUGUUUUUGUCGAAUGGCUCGCUUCUAUCAAUUAGCUUGGAGACGGCAGACUGGAGUCAGUUGACGCGAUCACAGAUAUGGCACAGUGGCUUAGUGCAGGCUCUGUUGUCAACCAGCGUGAUGAGUGGAUAUCUUGUGAGCGCUGGCUGCACCGUAUAUAGGCAAUGCGACGUGAGAUGGACAUCAACAUUUAUAGCAAUAACCAACCUGAUUGCUGGUUGGCUGUGUGUAAUGAUGUGGGAGUCGAUAGCUGGCACGGCGGACAAAGAUAAAAGCCUAUUAGCUAUAUUAGUUCUGAUAUAUCAGUCGUCUGUCACAGAACACAGGACAAAGGAAUGGCCACUGCUAGCGUUUGGCAUUAUUUUCCUGUCUGGUAUCGUAACAGUGUUAGUUCUUCUUUUUCCUGCAUAUGAGAAGUUGCAAAGAGUGGCUGGUGAUCAAUGGAGAUUAUUUGCUGGAGCCAUGUCAGCUCUUGGUACGGCCUUAACUGUAGCAGUGCUAUCUCAGGGUAUUUCUAUAGCUGCAGUAAUUGAUGAGACCGUGAUACCAAUACUUGUAGUUCUCACUACUGCGUUCGAAAUUGUUGGAUUUGUUUUUAUUUAUGGAUCCUUCUACCUCAGAGUUGAUAUUAAGUUUAUAACUGGAUCAAAGAUACCGUGUUUCUGGUUGAUAGCCUGGUGGCUAUCACCGAUUUUUCUCAUCGGAGUAACUGGAUGGUGGUUACGAGGCUUGAUUAGAACUGCGUGGAGUCAGGGAGAAUGUCUGUGGCCUUUGAUGGGGGCUCUCAUUGGUGUUUUGGUGGUUUUCGUAAUAUUUGCUGCUAUUGCUGUGGCUAAAGAGGAACAAUAUAAUAUCUUCACUAAAAUAUCUGCUGCUUUUCGACCAUCUCGACUUUGGGGACCUGAAGAACCUUUAGCACGGUAUAUGUGGAUGUCUCAAAGGUUCGCGAACGACACGCUCAGCUCCGGGCAAGAAGUGCACUCAGAUUCCAAUAAUUUUGGUAAUCUUCAUGAAUAUGACGUUAAGAAUGAUGUCAAAUAUCAUGAUAAUUGGAUUAAAGAUGACAUAUAUCAGUCACCGAAAUGCGAUUAUGAAUAUGAUUAUGGAAAAGAAGAAACUAAAUUUAAAGAUACUGGAGCAAUAUAUUCCAUUCCAGUAAUAAAAAGUAAAAACACGGAAGAGCAGUUUCGUUCUCCAAAUAUUUGCGUAGCGAACGAACGAUUAGACGGCACAAUUAAUUGUAACUGCAAUCGUCAUUUUCAAUUGAACGUACCAGAUUUAAGAAAAAAUGAAUUAACAACUAGUCUAUAAGGAAAAUGUAAAUGUACAACGAUUGCUUUGUCUAGUCCUGUCCAUUGACGUUAUAUAAACAAACUAGACUCCCAGUAGCCUGGAUAAAGGUCGUCAAAAAAUGCCAGAGCGGCUUAGGCUAGAGUUACUAUGGAUGCGAGUUCUGACGAAAAUUUGUACUGACGAGUUCUGGCGGAUUCGUCAGAAGAAACAAACGCCUGGUAUCCAAUGACAGUGUUUACACUGGCAACGCUCGAGCGGUUCUGACGCGUUCGUCGUCAGAACUCGCAUCCAUAGUAACCCUAGCCUAAUACAGAUAACAUGAAAACAUUCAUUCAAAUUAAAACCUUAAAUCAUAGCAGUAAUGUUCAAAGUCUAUGAACUAAAACUAGGUAGAGUUUAACUUCGGACAAAUUUUAAGUGUGAUUCUGAGUCUUGUUGUUUCUUGCACGUCAAUGGUCCUGUUAAAUAUAAUUAAUUGUAAGAUAGUGAUACUGAAAGGCAUUUUCAAUUCGAACCAGAAAGAAUUUCCGGGUAGGCUACAACAUGAAGUAGAAACGGUUCAUAGUUGUUUAAUAUUCAAAUAUUUAAGUGCAAUAAAUAGUCUAGUGUUUUUUGUAUAUUGUGAUAAAAUAACUUAAAAUAAUAAAAAUAAACAUAUUUAAUAAAAAA